AUCUAACUACAUCACUCACGUUAGUUAAUUAGCCACUCAUUCUCUCCAUGGAGCAAUUACAAGUGGGAUUUAGAUUUCUUCCGACAGAGGAAGAGCUCCUUAAUGGUUACUUGACGUGCAAGGUACUUGGAUACGCUGAUGGUUGUGUCAUACCCGAGCUUGAUGAUUUCUAUGCGUGGGAUCCUUGGGAUUUACCUAGAUUGUAUCAACAAAUAUCGAAUAUUCCAUCGGAUGGGUUGGAUUGGUACUUCUUUUGCCCUUCUCCUUACCUUGCGCAAAAUAGCGAGCGAGUGAAAAGACAAACAAGAAGCGGUAAAUGGAAAAUUACUUGCCAAAAGGAUGAGAUCAAAGCUCGAGACACCAAGGUUUUAUUAGGCACCAAAAGGAUUUUGGUGUUUAACAAGGGACGUGCCAAGACUGGAUGGGUCAUGCAUGAGUACCACUUGAACCCCAAACUUCUUAAUGGAUAUUCGUCAACUUUUCAGGUUCCCCAUUUGAUCUAUCUAAGAUUUCUUGUAUAUUUUUCAUUUGCAAAAUAA